AUGAUAAAUUUAUUUUUCUGCUUAAUAUUUCUUUGUCAUUUAAUCAAUCCAAGUUCUUCAACCGUUCACCUUAAAUCCACAUCCCAAUCGUUCGUGGAUUCUCCUGCCAGAUUUACUAGAAGGGUCAAUGGUAGUAGAAUUUGUGGAUCUUUGCAUUUGGCUGAUCCACUCGACGCCUGUUCUUUGCUGCUUAAUGAAGUUGAAUAUGGUGAUUCUGAGAUUGCAAGAUUUGCCCUGAUAGUCAGAGGCAAAUGCGCGUUCGAGGAGAAGAUCAGAAAUGCUCAGGAUGCCGGGUUUCGUGCAGCCGUGGUUUAUGAUGAUCAGCAUAACCACAACCUCAUUUCCAUGGUGGGAAACCCUGAUGGCAUAUGGAUUCCUGCUGUAUUUGUCUCAAAUGAAGUGGGGGAGACCCUGACGAAGCAUGCUCAUGCAGAGGAAAAUGAAUGUUGCAUCAUCUCAUCUCUUGAUGAAACUGCCUGGACAGUGCUGGUAAUAUCGUUUAUCUCACUUCUUGUAGUUGUAUCUCUCCUAGCCACAAUCUUCUUCACUUACAACCACAGAUGGAAUCAGCGAGGAACUAGGCAUGUUAUUGACAAUAAGGUAGUGGAUAUUCUUCCCUGUAUAACAUUUGAUGCUGCUAAACUGAUUUGCAACACUGGGGAGACAUGUGCAAUAUGUCUUGAGGAUUACAAAGAUGGGGAAUGCCUCAAAAUUCUUCCCUGCCAACAUGAUUUCCAUGCUGGAUGUGUGAACUCAUGGUUGACCAAAUGGGCCACAUCUUGCCCAGUUUGCAAGCACGAUAUCCGAGCUUAA